CCGGUUAUUGUGCUCUUGGCACCUCCGCAGUAAUGCAAGCUGGCCUCCAUUCGCUGAAUGAUUGCUCCUUGAAUCUCCUGUGCUCUCAAGCAAUCGUUUGAAUUCUCCUACAUUGGAGACAUCCUGAGCAAUCAUGAACUUCAAGAACAUUUUUCUAUCUUUCUUCUUCGUCCUGGCGGUUGGACUUGCUCUUGUCCACGCCGAAGAUGCUCAGCCCCGGGGCCCCAAGAUCACCAGUAAGGUGUUCUUUGAUAUAGAGCAUGGAGACAAGCCUCUGGGCAGAGUCGUGCUUGGCUUGUAUGGCAAGACUGUUCCUAAGACCGCUGAGAACUUCCGCGCUCUCGCUACUGGUGAGAAGGGCUUUGGCUAUGAAGGAUCUACCUUCCACCGUGUCAUUAAGGACUUCAUGAUCCAGGGUGGUGACUUCACUCGUGGCGAUGGUACCGGUGGAAAGUCGAUCUACGGUGAGAAGUUCGCCGACGAAAACUUCAAGCUGAGGCAUACGCGCAAGGGGCUCCUGAGCAUGGCCAACGCCGGCAAGGACACCAACGGCUCCCAGUUCUUCAUCACCACCGUUCCUACACCUUGGCUUGAUGGCCGCCAUGUCGUCUUCGGUGAAGUGCUCGAGGGCUACGAGAUCGUCGCUCAGAUUGAGAACGUGCCCAAGGGCCGUUCUGACAGACCCGUGGAGACUGUCAAGAUCGUCAAGAGUGGAGAGUUGGAGUCUGAGGACAAGGCUGGAGAAAAAGAAACGAGCUCCGAAGAAGAGUCACAACCUUCAGCAAUUGCUGUUAUUCCUUCUCCAACCCCUUUGCCUAUGACAUCUGAUAACGCUCCUUAUAUUUUCCCGAAAUUCGCAGCGCUUGCCAUUGUUGUCGGUCUCCUGGUUGUCCUGGUCCGACGCAGCUUCAAGGGAGAACAAGAGAAGGCUGAAAGAAGUAUUGUUUGAUAGAAAUUGUACUCAUCCAAAUACGUGGAAAAAUUUGCUCAGUAGAAUCCACCCUCGGCUGCAGCCCGUACGCUACGACUUUCCUUGCAGUGCACGGAGUACAUGCCGUUUUCAUGUGCCACAUGACGAGCCGACGCAUAACCCAUGCCUUAAUUAGCCGUGGCAAGCGCGCCAGGACCAGAUGCUGUGAGAUCAUCUUCCAGUGGCAAGUAAU